AUGGAUAACAAAUGGGCGGAAGAAAAGGGCACUGCGGCAGACCACGAGGAGGACCUGUCCAAAUCACACUCCAUUAUUGACAAAAACAUAAAUGCAGACGAAGCGCCGGCCAUCGACGCCUUCUCCGGUCAAGAUGACUCCGAGGCCAACAAAGCCCUGCUUCGGAAGCAAGACAUUCGCCUGAUUCCCAUCUGCGCCAUGAUGUAUCUUCUUGCCUACCUGGAUCGAUCCAACAUCGGCAAUGCCAAAGUCAUGAAUUCGGAGACAAACAGUGAUCUUCUGUCAUCUACCGGAAUGACCAGCAACCAGUACUCCGUCGCGCUCAUGGUGUUUCUCAUUGCCUACACCAUCUUCGAGGCACCCUCCAACUUCUUCCUCAAGAAACUCGGCCCCAGCAAAUGGUUUUCCUUCCUGCUUUGCAGCUGGGGCACCAUUUCCAUGUGUCUCGGCGCUGUCCAGAAUUUCGGCGGUAUCACAGCUGCUCGAUUUAUUCUUGGAAUUUUCGAAGCUGGCCUGGCGCCAGGACUGGCCUACUACAUCUCCUUUUGGUAUCGGGCUAAUGAGCGAUCUCUUCGCCUGGCCUUCAUCUACUCCACCGCUACGUUGGCGGGAGCGUUUGGCGGAUUGAUUGCGUACGGAAUUUCCCACAUGGAGAAUGUUGCUGGCCUUGAGGCGUGGCGAUGGCUAUUCAUCCUCGAGGGCGCACCGUCGGUCCUCUUUGGAAUCUUCAUCUUCUUCUACCUACCCGAUUAUCCCGAGAGCCCGCGCUUCCUCAACACCGAAGAGAAGGAGUUGGCAGUCCUGCGAAUGGAAUACAAUGGUUCCAAGGGCAGCGCAGGCAGCAUGAAGUGGGCAGAUGCAAAAGCAGUGUUGCUCGACUGGAGACUGUAUCUUCAUUACAUUGUGUACUUCUCCAAGUCCUGUCCUUUCUCUAGCUUGUCCCUGUUCGCGCCUUCCAUUACAAAGGGCUUGGGAUACGACUCUUUUGAGGCGCAGCUCAUGACAGUUCCUCCUUAUGUUGCUGCGUUUGUCGUUACAAUCGCACUGUCAUUUUACUGCGACAAAUACAACAAGAGAGCAGUCACGACCAUCUGUCUGAUGCUGGUCGGUGCUGUCGGCUUCAUCCUGUCAGCCUGCCUACCAGUAACGGAUUACCACGGGCGAUAUGCUGGUCUUAUCAUUGCCUGCUGCGGAACCUUUGCAACGAUCCCGAUUCUUCUAGGAUGGCUAUCGGCCAACCUGCGGUCCACCAGCGCUCAGGGUCUCGCAUUGGCGUUGAACAUAUCCUUCGGUGCCCCUGGACAGAUCGCUGGAGUGUGGAUUUAUAAGAGCACGGAGGCUGCAACAGGUUACCCAACCGGACACUGGACGAACGGUGCACUUUUGCUGGCUGGAGCCGUUCUUACAGGUGUUCUGGUCGCGCUGUAUACUUAUCGGAACCGUCGCAUUGACAGUGGGCUUAGCUCUGGACAGAAGUGGGCUUUGUGA